UAUUGGUUGAAAUAGUCUCUCCUUCGAUGACCCCCAUGAUUUUAUUGGUCCAAAUAGUAAAUAUUGUAUUUGUUUACAUUUUGCUUAAAAACGUUUUUGUUUUGUUAUUAUUAUUUUUCAAACACAAUGUGUGAAGACUGAAGAGCAGUGAAAAGAAAUCAAAUUCUGUUGGUUUUUCAUUUAGACAACAUUGUGCUCUCGAACAUUCUGGUUGUUGAUUCAUCAAACACACCAAAUAAAUUAAUUAUUUAUCAUUAAUAAUUGUAAUAAAAUAUCUUGAUAAUAAUUAUUAAAUUGUUUUACAAUUUUGUGUGUCGUUAAAAAAAAUAACUACGUGGUGAACAAAAGAAAGAAAUAAUAAAAAAUAAAAAGAAGUUUGUGUUGAUCAAGUUGAGACUGAAUUUAAAAUAAAAUUAUCAUUAAUAAUUUCUAAUUAAAAAUGAAUUUUAAUAAUGCUAAAAAUAAUGAUGAAAAUGAUAUUUCAUCAUUAAAUUGGAUUAAAACUUCAUCAAGUAAUGAGUGUAUUUGUGCAAGACCAAAGGGUUACAUUUAUUGUAAUGGAUGUUUACAUCACACAAUUGGAAGAGUUAAAACAAGAUGCAAUGUUCACAAAAAUGUUGUGUACAUCAGUGAUUUUGAACGUUGUCCAGAAUGUAAAGCCUGGGCAUUUAUGAUGGACGAAGCAAAGAUAAAACUUUGACUU